AGAAUGAAAUAAAAAUAUGUAACAAAAAGUCAAAAAUCAAAUAAUAGUACACAACUAACAAAAAGGGAGUAUACUCCAAUUUUCCAAUCUGAUCUUCUUCUCCCCGCGACUGCAACAACCAUAAACACACAGUCGGUAAGUUUCCUACACCAUAAACAGUAGAAAGCAGUUUCUCUAGCGAUACAAGUCAAACUUGCAAAAAGGCCAUCAUUUUUAUUCUAACAAUUUCAUUCACCUUCACAAUCCCACCACAAGAGGAUCUAUGAAAUCCCCAAAACGGAAAAUAGCACAACACUUGAAAGAAAAUCAAGUUCAGCUCCAAGGUUCACAUAGAUCCAUACACAAAGACCUCCUGUGGUUCUCUCUCGUUGUUACGUUCUUCAAAGUUCUUCUCAUCCCUGCCUAUCAUAGCACAGAUUUUGAGGUUCACCGUAAUUGGCUAGCACUCACCCAUACACUUCCUUUAUCUCAAUGGUACACUGAUGAAACCAGCCCAUGGACCCUUGAUUACCCUCCUUUCUUUGCUUACUUCGAGCGUUUCCUAUCCUUUUUUGCGUCUCUUGUGGACCCCACCAUCACAGACCUCCACAAUGGCCUAAAUUACAAAGCUCUUUCAGUCAUCAUUUUCCAAAGACUCAGCGUAAUAGCCUCAGAUACAAUAUUGAUAUACUCGGUUUACAAUUUGACUCGUAACUUGGAGUCAAAGAAGAGGUUUUUGAUCUUGAUGUUGGUUAUUUGGUCGCCUGGGUUGUUGAUAGUUGACCAUGUGCAUUUUCAGUACAAUGGGUUUCUUUUGGGGAUUUUGUUAAUUUCGUUGGGGGAACUGCAGAAAGGGAAUGACUUGAUAGGAGGGUUCUUUUUCGCGGUUUUAUUGUGUUUUAAGCAUUUAUUUGCUGUGGCUGGGCCCAUUUAUUUUGUGUAUCUGCUGCGACACUACUGCCGUGGUGGGAUUUUUAAGGGUUUCAAUAAGUUGGUCGCAAUGGGUGUGGUGGUCGUUGGGGUUUUCGUUGCAGCCUAUGGACCAUUUGCAUAUCACGAGCAGAUACAAGAAGUUCUGAGACGCAUGUUUCCUUUUGGCAGGGGACUUUGUCAUGCUUACUGGGCUCCAAAUUUUUGGGUGUUCUAUAUACUUUCAGAUAAGCUGCUUGCUUUAGUGCUUGCAAAACUGGGAUUCCGUAUCCAGACACCAACUGCUUCAUUCACCAGUGGGCUAGUUGGGGAUACCUCUCCGUUUGCUAUACUACCUAAGAUUACCCCUUCAGUAACCUUGGUCAUGGUGCUGCUCGCUAUUUCUCCAAUUCUUGUUAAGGCUUGGAGGAAUCCCCAGCCAAAGAUGAUUGUAAGAUGGGUGGCAUAUGCAUACUCAUGUGGCUUUUUGUUUGGAUGGCAUGUGCAUGAGAAGGCGUCACUUCACUUCUUAAUUCCUCUUGCAGUUGUUGCUGUCGAAAGUGUCGAGGAUGCAUGCCAUUUCUUAAUUUUAUCUACAGUUUCUGUCUACUCGUUGUUCCCUCUUCUCUAUGAAGCCCAAGAGUAUCCGAUUAAAGUGAUCUUGCUUCUUUUACACAUUACUCUAAUGUGGUUUGGUUUUUCUUCACAAUUUUCCGACACAAGUGAAUUAGACAAAAGAGCAACUCGUUUAUCAAAAAUUGGUGACCCUCUUGUUAUUGGAUUGAUCGAGAAAAGUUAUUUGCUUGGUUUUGUUGUGGUGGAGGCAUGGGUGCAGUUUCUUCAUCCUUUGCUUCUUGGUGAUAGGCUUCCAUUUUUACCCCUGAUGUUGAUCUCUUUUUAUUGUGCAUUAGGUAUGAUGUACUCUUGGAUAUGGCAACUUAGAUAUCUUGUUACGUCCCAUUAAUGAUUUAUUAGAUGUGUUAUUAACACACUAAUAUGGAUCUCUAGAUUGUACUCAAACAUAAGCGAAUUUUCAUAUAGUAGGUCUUUUAAUGAGAAAAAAUAGGUCAUGUUAUAGUGA